AUGUCGGAUACUGGAGAUAGCACCCACAAGCGGUCAAAAUCCGCUGCUGCCCUCUCCCUCCUCCGAAGAAACCACUCCCGCGGCGACGAAGAUCCUUCCAACUCGGACGACGGUGCGCCGCUGACGUCGCCCACCCUCCCAGCGACAUCCCAAACAAACAUAUCCAUGGCCCAAAACGCCGUUCGGGGCGUCUCCGCCUCCCGCCUUUCUACAACUUCCCCCUCCAUGGGCCGCGUCCCCUCACACAACAGUCCGCCUGCCGGUUUGACUUCCAAAAUGAGCAACGUCGGAAGCGAAAAGGGCGUCUCUCUCGAACAGUCUGUUCGCAAGUUUCGCAUCGUCGAGGCUCUGCGGAGCGGCGACACUGCCUCCAUUUCCAAGGUCAUACGGGACACUGCCGAGGGCGGCCCUCGAACAAGCAUAUCCUCCAUCAGCACACUGAGCGGCCCCGGCCUCGACGACACCACGGUGCUGCACCUCGCGAUCCAAUGCGCAGAGUUCCAGGUCGUCGAGUACGUGCUGUCUGAUGGUGCAGGCAUCCUCGACGUCAACGCAAGAGAUAAAGAUGGCAAUACCCCGCUGCACAUUGCUGCGACGCAGGGCCGAAGCCAGGUGGUCAAGCUGCUGCUUGAGCAGAAGGACAUCAACGAUGCAAUCGCCAACUUCAAGGGCCAGCUACCCAUUGACGUUGCCCGCAACCCCGACAUCUUUCAACAGCUGCAGCUUUCGCGCUCAUUGUUCGCCGAGAACAAGGUCCGGCAGAUCCAGACUCUGAUUACACAGAACGAUUACAAGGCCCUUGAGACCGUCCUUGAAGAGCCCCGCCUCAAACAGGUCCUCGACAUUAAUAGUACCGAAUUUGCGACCGACCCUACCACCGUCCAGGCUGGCGGCACCCUGCUUCAUGAGGCUGCGCGGAAGAAGAACACGCAGCUGAUCCAAGUGCUCCUGCUCCAUGGUGCAGACCCUUUCCGCAGAGAUCGGAAGGGAAAGCUGCCUCAGGACGUUACAAAAGAUGAUCAUACAAAGCAAAUGCUGAAGCGAUCGCCUGCCGCCGUCGCGGCUCAAAGAGGCAUCCAGGAGAAGGCCGUCCUCGGCCAGGCGGCGUCGCAGGGAGUCGGGGCUGCCUCCUCCGGAGACCCGGUGGCAGGAAGAGAGGCUAGGGAGAUGAAGGGAUACUUGAAGAAGUGGACCAACUACCGUAAGGGAUAUCAGCUUCGAUGGUUCGUGCUCGAGGACGGCGUCCUGAGCUACUACAAACACCAAGAUGACGCUGGCUCUGCCUGUCGUGGUGCCAUCAAUACUCGUAUUGCCAAGUUGCAUAUGAGUGCCGACGAGAAGACCAAGUUUGAGAUCAUCGGCAAAUCCUCUGUCAAGUACACUUUGAAGGCGAACCAUGAAGUCGAAGCUAAGCGCUGGUUUUGGGCUCUGAACAACUCAAUUCAAUGGACAAAGGACCAGGCCAAGGAGGAAGAGCGCCAACGGCAACGCGGUGCUGAGCUCCUGAGACAGGCAAAGGCCGAGCAAGCUGGAAAGUCGCCAGAGCUCUCCAUCAACGAGGCCGCGAGUGAGAGCGCCAGCGUGGCUGAUACAAGGAGUAGUAGUGUGCAUAUACCGCGAACGCAAUCGCACACCAAGAUGUCUGUACCAAAGAGCGAUUUUGCCGGCGCAAGCACCAUUGCUAGCAACGACGAUGAUUUUGCCGACGCUGCUACGGACGCCGGCAUGUCAAGAGCUGCUGGGAAUGGCCAUCAUGACCCAGAUGAUGACGAUGACGACUUUGAAGAUGCCAGCAGCCGCGAGGAGCCUGCAGUCAACAAGGAUGCCUUUAACAUUACCGCACAGUCAGCCAAGCUCCAGCUUGAUACCAUCUCCGCAGUCAACGCUGCCAUGCUGUCUGAAGCCUCCAAGAACCCCAACACCACCGUCUCCGAUCCCAAAGUAGCACAAGCUCUCGCAACGUACGACGCUGCUAUCAGAAGUUUGACAGGCCUGGUCGGAGAUCUCAUGCGAAUUUCCAAGGACCGUGAUGCCUACUGGCAGUACCGGCUGGACCGCGAGACUGACAUGCGUCGCAUGUGGGAAGAGAGCAUGGCCAAGGUUGCGAAGGAGCAAGAGAUCCUAGAGGAGCGUGUUGACCAGGCCGAGCAGAAGCGCAAGGCUGCCAAGCGUGCGCUUCGUGAGGUCAUGAGCGAAUCACAAGUCGGUACCAAUCAGAAGGAAGCAGAACAAAUCGACGGGACCGCGACCGUCGAGGCGGCUGUGGGAACCGACGACGAUAUUGAGAUGCCGCCCAAGUCACCGCAGAGGAGCCUUUCCAGGAAGAAGACGGCACUUGACCAAAUUGCCCUUUCGGAUUCUGAGUCGGAAGAUGAGGAUGAGUUCUUUGACGCGGUGGAUGCCGGGGAAGUUGAGGUUACCGAGCUGCCACCCGCUGAGGCUACUUCAUCUCCCCAGGAGGAAACGCAGCAGCAGCUUGUCGUCUCUGGUAGCACAGACAUUAGCAGUUCGUUCAAGGGCUAUGAGAAUGGUGUCAGAACCAGGCUCAAGAUGGAUGCGGAUAACCGCCCCAAGAUUUCACUUUGGGGAAUUCUCAAAUCAAUGAUUGGAAAGGACAUGACCAAGAUGACUCUGCCCGUGUCCUUUAAUGAGCCCACAUCACUCCUGUACCGUGCUGGCGAGGACAUGGAAUACGUCGAUCUUUUGGACCAGGCCGCAGAACGUUCGGAUUCGAUUGAGCGUCUCAUUUACGUGGCUGCCUUUGCUGCCAGUGAGUAUGCUUCCACUAUCGGACGUGUCGCCAAGCCCUUCAACCCGCUACUUGGAGAGACGUUUGAGUACGUCCGACCUGAUAAAAACUACCGCUUGUUCAUUGAACAGGUCAGCCAUCACCCGCCUAUUGGUGCUCUCUGGGCCGAGUCUCCCAGGUGGACUUAUUGGGGUGAAUCGGCUGUCAAGUCCAGGUUCCUAGGAAAGUCCUUCGACGUUAACCAUCUCGGCACGUGGUUUCUGAAGCUCAGACCCACGGCAGGGGGCAAGGAGGAACUCUACACCUGGAAGAAGGUUACGUCGUCCGUCAUUGGCAUCAUUACUGGCAACCCUACGGUGGACAACUACGGACCUAUGGAAGUCAAGAACUGGACAACGGGUGAAGUGUGUCAGAUGGAUUUCCAGCCGCGUGGAUGGAAAGCGUCGAGCGCGUACAAGGUCUCAGGCAAGGUUCUUGACACCGACGGCAGGGUGCGGUAUAGCAUGGGUGGUAGAUGGAACUCGAAGCUGUAUGCAAGACUCACGCCUGGAUAUGAAGCCACGAUUGAGGACCCUGGCGAUUCCGCGUCUGUCCACAAAGGCAGCAUCUCCGACCCGAACCGGGCGUUCCUCAUCUGGCAAGCCAACCCUCGUCCGCCCAAUAUUCCCUUCAACCUCACACCCUUCGUUCUCACCUUCAACCACAUCGAUGACAAACUCCGACCAUGGAUCGCACCUACCGACUCGCGUCUGCGUCCAGAUCAGCGCGCCAUGGAGGAUGGCGAAUACGAUUUUGCGGCCGUCGAAAAGAACCGUCUCGAGGAGGCACAACGUGCUCGAAGAAGGCACCGCGAGGCAAAGGGCACCGAGUUCAAAUCGGCUUGGUUCGAGAAGACGACGUGUGAAAUUACGGGCGUGCAGUACUGGAAGUUUAAUGGCAAGUACUGGGAGCAGAGAGAAAAGGGAGGACCUGAAGGAGACCCUCACACAUGGGAUGGCUUGGAACCCAUCUAUGAAGACUUUGUGGAGGAGGUAGAGGAAUAG